GUUCCGGAAGGAUGGAAAGAAUGCGAAAAAUGGCAUCUCACCCGGAGUGACUGCUUGAACGGGUGACAGUCGUGAGGUCCCGAGUCAUGCAGGUCUAAUGCUAUUUAAAAUCGAAUGUGAUGGUGUAUAGCGAUACGUCAAAGAUGCGCGUAUAUAAGAGACAGCUUGUCCGCGACUUAGUUGAUCAUAUAAGUCUAUCUAUCGUCAGUUUAUUUUCCAUCAACGAAGGUCAACAAUAAGAUUCAGUACAACUGCAUCGAAUAUUUAAUAAAAAAAGACUACUCGAAAAUGAAGGUACUCAUCGGUCUUGUCGCUGCGCUAGCCAGUGUCGUCGGUAUUGUUAGCGCUGCCCCGGCGGAGGCUAUUGUCAACCCCAACGUUGAGGUUCCUGAAACUCAUCGCCCAGCACACCCGCCCACCCCGACGGUCAGCUCCCUAAGCUCUUCAACGACAACAUCAUUCAUCAUUAGCAUCACCACACUCCCUGGCCAGACCACCACCACGGUUGCCCCCGCUGCUUGCCCGACGGUAACACACACGACCCGACCCAGCAACUGCGAUCCGAUGCUGUGCCCAGUACCAGGCUGCACGUUCCAGAAGGAGCUGCUCAUCCCAUGCGGCUGCGCUGGAAUCAAGACAGCUCUCUUUGUUGACGGCUGCCAGACUGCUUGCCCCGAGGGAUGCAUGACUCGGUUGAGGACAGUCACGGCUGCCUGUGCUACUCAGACUCCGGCGCCCCAAACCAGUGAGACAGUGAUAUAGGAAAUGGUUGGUAAGAUGUAAGAGAGGCACAGGUUAAAAUGCGUUGCAGUUGUAAGAAAAAUCGGAUUAGUCCAAACCAGAGAGGGAAUUCCUUUUCAAACCAUG